GUGAUGGUCUGGUAUUCUCACGAACAUAGGCGAUAGUCGUUCAACAAGAUAUAGUGGAACAUGGGGGCCUUGAGGUAGAGGCAACAGUGUCUCUCAACAGCCAUGCUUUCACUCCGAUACUAGCGCGCAAACGCUGUAUUGAGUGAGAAGGACUUUCCCUCGCUAACACCUUAACCUAUUCUGCCACACUAUAUAAACCCUCAACCGCCCAUUCUAAAGACCACAACCACUCACAACAUCUCACUCACCACCCUUUCAGCCACCGAAUUCCUCCAGCCCUCACCAUGUCCUCCGACGAAGUCUUCUUCGAACCUGAUCCGUAUGCGUCAACCGCCCGAUCUAGAACUACAACAAGCACGGGGAAAACCCACGCAACUCCUCCAGACGCAUUCACCAAGAAACCAAAAGAUGACUUCAGGUCCCCGUCUGCGUCAACCAAUACCAUCUACUACCUCGGCAUUAUCGCGCCGCACACAGACAACUAUACUGUUCACGGCCCAGUAACCUCGUUUCUUCAUCUCCUCCCUAAGAUCGAAGAAAUUGUGUCGAACUCGCCGAGCGCAAUCGAUAAGCUCGAUGACUUGCGCUGGGUGGAAGACGUCUGGGGCGAGCGUGAGCCAAACGUGGGGUUUGAGAAGGGGUUUCGAACGUUCGUGGUCGAUGGGCAGCGCGGCAUAUAUACUGUGCUGCGUAUUCUCACCGAAAAGAACCAGGUUGUGCAUGAAGUUCUGCCAGCGGCUGUGUACACAGUCACGGCCCACGGUCCAUUGACUAACGCUAGUGUGAAGGCGAAGGGAUAUGCGAGCACGAGUAGGCUUGUAGGUUCAUUUGUUGAACGCGCGGACGCUAAGGCAGCAGCGACAGAGGCUAUGCAGGAGUUGGUCCAGGGGCUGGAGGUCGCAGAACACUGGGGCAGUAAGGAUAAAAGUGGAGGCGUGCUGCUGGCGUUCAGUGGAGACACGAUGUGGGAGGUCAAGAUCGUGUAUGAUGAUGAAGUGUUCAAGAGGGCGAGGGAAGGGUUCGAGAGGGAGGAUAAACGGACAGGUUGGCGCAUCUGAAG